AAAUAAAAAAAUCUGCAGAGAUUUUCCUCUUUCUCUCUCUAAAACCUCAAAAAUAUUGAAAAACCAAUGGAACGCAAUGAAGCCCAACAACACUACUUCACCACCAACACCUCCACCACUGUCAACACCACUCCGUCACCGAGUAAUGGCCUUCUGCCGCCUAACGAGAGUGGAGGUUCCCACCACAUGGUGUACCCUCACUCCGUGCCUUCGGCGGUGACGUCACCCUUGGAGCCUGCGAGGCGGAAGAGAGGGAGGCCUAGGAAGUAUGGCACCCCGGAACAGGCCAUGGCAGCUAAGAAAACGGCGUCGUCGACCUCGAAGGAAAGGAGAGAACACCAGCAGCUGCAGCAGUUGGCUCUUGGUGGCGCCGGUGCUUCGCUUUCCGGGUCUUCUAGGAAAUCUCAGUUGGUUGCUUUAGGCAAUGCUGGUCAAGGUUUUACUCCACAUGUUAUCAAUGUAGUUGCAGGAGAGGAUGUGGGCCAAAAAAUAAUGCUAUUCAUGCAACAAAGCAAGCGAGAAUUAUGUAUAUUGUCUGCAUCUGGUACGAUCUCUAAUGCAUCCCUCCGCCAGCCAGCAACAUCAGGUGGUAACAUUGCUUAUGAGGGCCGGUUUGAGAUCAUUUCACUCUCUGGAUCUUAUGUUCGGACUGAAAUUGGUGGGAGGACUGGUGGGCUCAGUGUAUGUCUAUCAAGUGCAGAUGGCCAGAUUAUUGGAGGAGGAGUUGGUGGACCUCUGAAAGCUGCUGGCCCGGUCCAGGUAAUUGUUGGUACAUUUAUGGUUGACAACAAGAAGGAUGGUAGUGCUAAUGUAAAAGGUGAUGCCUCUGGCAGCAAGUUGCCAUCGCCAGUUGCAGGAACUUCAGUAUCUAAUAUUGGCUUUCGCCCAGCUUUUGAAGCUUCAGGAAGAAACCCAAUUGAUGGAAAUGAUGAUCAUCAAAGUUUUGGAGGAAGUCAUUUCAUGAUGCAACCACAGGGCCUGCAUUUAGCACCUCGGCCAACAGAUUGGAGGACUGGUCUAGAUGAUAGAACUGGUUUUGAGUUGACAGGAAAGACAGGUCACGGAGCUCAUCAAUCGCCAGAAAAUGGGGACUAUGAUUAGAAGGGAGAUUAGAUAUUUGUUUUGUCAAUGAAGCGUCUUUUGUCGUAGAUGUAUUUAAGUUACAGCUUUUUGCAAGAGUGAAUAGAAACAACUCUCCUUGGCCCUUGCACCCGGAGUGUAAUAUGAUAUACCUGUACAGGUUGGCCUGAUACUCUUUCGUUAGUUGAUGCUGAUUAGAUUAUGCACCAUAAAGUAAGGAGAUGGCUUGUGAAAAAAAAAAUCCUAGUCCUUUGUUUAGUUGUUGAAAUGCUUUCUAUGGUAUUGCUGCUGAUAAUUUUAUUGCAUUGUGUUAUAAAUCCUCACUGUUUGGGGUAUGAGGGACACUGUAGUGAUAAAACAUAACAGUUGUGCAUUUAGUCUUUGAAAUUACUGAUUGUUGAAAGCCCUUCUAAUUAAGUUGUGGUUCCCAUGAUUAUAGAAGAUAUUUUUGAAAAUUUACUGGGAAUUGUGGUGUAUUUGUCAUCA